CGGUCUGCACCUGCGCCGACGGUGAGGUGCCAUGGCGUACUCCACAGUGCAGAGAGUGGCCAUGGCCUCGGGGCUCGUCUUGGCUCUGUCGCUGCUGUUGCCCAAGGCCUUCCUGUCCCGCGGAAAGCGUCAGGAGCCGCCGCCGGCACCCGAAGGAAAGUUGGGCCGAUUUCCUCCUAUGAUGCACCAUCACCAGGCAUCCUCAGAUGGCCAGACCCCUGGGGCUCGUUUCCAGAGGUCUCACCUUGGAGAGGCAUUUGCAAAAGCCAAAGGAUCAGGUGGAGGCACUGGAGGAGGAGGUAGUGGAAGAGGCCUGAUGGGGCAGAUUAUUCCAAUCUAUGGUUUUGGGAUUUUUUUGUAUAUACUGUACAUUCUAUUUAAGCUCUCAAAGGGGAAAACUACUACAGAGGAUCGGAAAUGUUCUACUGCCAUACCUGGAAACACCCACAGAAAAAUUACCAAUUUUGAGCUUGCUCAACUGCAGGAAAAACUGAAGGAGACAGAGGAAGCCAUGGAAAAAUUAAUCAACAGAGUGGGACCCAAUGGUGAGAGGUAGGUUUUCAUCUGACAGAACUCAGAUGAUUUCCCAUUUAGAGAACCAGUUCAAAAUUUGGCUUUUCUUUGAUA